AUUUCAGAAUCAACAAUAGUAAUAUUGGAUGAGCCAACGGCAGGUGUUGAUCCGUUCGCACGUCGUGCGAUAUGGGAAAUGAUAACGAAGUGCAAGAAGGGCAGAUCGAUUCUGAUUGCGACACAUCUGAUGGAUGAGGCGGACAUUCUUUCUGACCGAAUUGCUGUCAUUUCGCAUGGUCAACUUCGAGCGCUUGGUUCUCCGCUGUUCUUAAAGCAACGUCUCGGUGAUGGAUAUUUCUUGACAGUCGUAACUGAACAGCUUCGAUCCGCUAUUGAAGGGAAAUCAGAUUCGGGUUCGAGCAGUUCAGUCCAAAAAAAGUCUAGUGGAAUGACACAAGAGGAUCAUUUAUUCUCCCAAAAC